CUUUACCGCGCUCCCUACGAGGGAUCAGCGUAAAAUCGUUAUCACAUUCCAAUAGCCGAUCAUUAGGGACUGGUACCCUGGAGUCAACUAAAAGGACACUUUCUGCCAAAGCCACAAGCUACAAUAAGAAGAUUACUUUAGCAAAUGCACUCUCACUUACACGGGCUUUGUCAAAUAGCAGCACCAUUGACGCUGCACCACUGCAUCUGCCCGAGUUUAAACAUCAAACAACAGAUGCACUCAACUUGAAGUUUGAGAAACUAAAAGAACUUUCCUACUUUGUCGUACAACGUUCUCCAACACGUCACUUUAGUCAGAAACAAUUUGACCGUGCUCAGGAGCUCUGUGAUAUGUACUACAAGUGUGAUCCGGAGACGCGCUUUCAGUAUCUCAUUUUCCUCGCCGACGACUUUGCCACCAGUCUGCAGUUUGCCAGCUCUUCGGCGAAGUCCUUUCUGGCCACUCAGAACCGCCAAGAACCGUUCGAUGCAUCGCUACUAGUCGACCGACUGCGCAAUCAAAUCCGUCCUCGCUAUCUGGAGCUCUUUCGGCACAUCUCCCGACUGGACAAUGGCGUCAAGUUUUUGGUUGACCUUCGCGGCGACCUGAUCACCGUGCUCGGCAACUCUCAGCUGCUCAGCUCUCAACACCCCAGUGCCAAGGUCUGCCUUCGUCUGAUGUCCGGCGAGCUGUCUGAUCUGCUGUCGCUGUGGUUCUCCGCCGGUUUUCUCCGCCUCGAAAGAGUCACCUGGGACUCGCCGACUUCGAUUUUGCAAAAGAUCUCCGAGUAUGAAGCAGUUCACCCUGUUCGCAAUUGGAUUGACCUGAAAAAUCGCGUUGGCCUGUACCGACGGUGCUACAUGUUUUCACACUCCUGCUUACCUGGUGAACCGUUGGUCAUACUGCAUGUUGCCCUAGUGCCAGACAUAUCCUCUUCUAUUCAGGUACAUAUUUGUGUCCACAAUGUUUACCAAACUGAAGAUCCUAAUCGCAUCGACGCUGCCGUCUUCUACUCAAUCUCAUCCACUCAAAAGGGCCUAAACGGCAUCGACCUAGGUCACGCAAUGAUCCAACAAGUCGCCGGCGCUCUUCGAACUGACUUUGAGAAGAUGAGCCAAUUCUCCUCCCUCUCACCUAUUCCCAACUUCACCGAGUACCUCCUGACGACUAUUCAGUCAAUUCAGCGCAAAGAUGAAUCCAAGAACUACCAAUCUCUGUGGCAAAACAAUGCCAGUUUUAGUCGCCUGCAAACAUAUGUGGAGGGCAACAACAAAUACGCGGCUGCAAAUGAGCCAAGUGAGGGCGUUUUCUGGCAACGUAUGAUACAAAUUCUCAGGUCUGGUGACUGGUUUCGUGAUGAAACACUGGUAGAGUUGCUGGAGCAGCCGCUGAUGCGAGUUUGCGCACACUACCUGCACAAUGAGAAACGACGCGGUUAUGCACUUAAUUCUGUCGCCAAUUUCCACUUAAAAAACGGAGCUGUGAUGUGGCGAUUGAACUGGCUGGCUGACAUUAGCUCGCGCGGAAUUUCCAACUCAUGUGGCAUGAUGAUCAAUUACAGAUAUUUUCUUGAAAACACUGAAGAUAACAGCCAAACUUAUCUUAAUGAAAAGCACAUUGUGGCAGGAGAGCAGUUUUUGAAGUGGCUUCAGUGA